CACUUGCACUUUUACGGUUUUUCACGUAUUUAUCAUCCAUCUUCAUUAUGGCUAUUGAGGAGGGCUGGCACACAUCUGACGAUGGGCGCAAGCUCUACACGAAAACUUGGACUACGGAAGGGCCGGCUAAGGCUCGAUUGGUCUUCAUCCAUGGUUUCUCAGAUCACAUCAACACAUACGGCAACUUCUUUCUGACGCUCGCUGCUAAGGGCAUCGAAGUCUACAGCUUCGACCAGAGAGGAUGGGGCAAGUCAGUAACGAAGAAAGCUGAGCGAGGUCAUACCGGCCCAACGACAAGAGUGCUUGACGAUAUCACAUCGUUCCUCAAGUCGGUGAUACCAAGUCCUGUCCCGCUGUUCUUGAUGGGCCAUAGUAUGGGCGGUGGAGAGGUCUUGUGCUACGCUGCUCAAGGCCCGAGUGAGAUUCGAAAGCACAUCCGAGGAUACUUGCUGGAGUCGCCUUUUGUGGACUUUGAUGCCAAGUCGAAGCCAUCGCCGUUCACAGUGUUUCUCGGAAGACUCGCUGGGAGACUACUACCGCACAGGCAACUUACCAACAAGCUUGAUGUUAACCUCAUUUCCCGCGAUCCCGAAACUUGCAAGCGCUUUGAGGAAGAUGACCUCUGCCACGAUACGGGCACGCUGGAGGGUCUCGCUGGAAUGUUGGACCGCACUGGCGAGUUAGCAGCGGGGAAAGUCAUCAUCCCUGAUGAUGCUGGAGAAGGCGGGGUGACGAGGAUCUGGAUUGCUCAUGGUGACAAGGAUGGGAUCACUGCCUUUGCAGCCUCGAAACGCCUGGCCGACGCGCUACAGGUCAAAGACAAGGAGUUCAAGGCGUACGAAGGAUACUACCAUCGCUUACACGACGAGCCCAGCCCUGAUAAGGAGGUGUUCAUAGACGAUGUCGCCAAUUGGAUACUCGCUCGCUCUGUAGAACCGGUGCAGGUCGACGGCGCCAGGCCCAAAUUGUAGACUUUGAUCAAAGAAAGUCUUGGUGAUUGCACAAACCCUGCUGGGUAUCCUAAUGCAAGGCUUGAUAGGGAAGGUUCCUCUUUUUGCAGAAUUGGCUUGAAUGUUUCCAGGCUGGAGGCCGAGCAAACUGAACGCGCGUUCCUGGUGAUGUUCUCUAGCUAGUGAAACAUGCAGCAGCCUUUAUCUGUCGACUCUUGGCCGCAGGAGUGACGACGCUGACUGCGAGGCUUGUAAAGAGAUUCCACGUAUUGUGUGAGG